CCAAAAUCAACAACAAUAACAAAAUGCCACCAAAAGUAACAACAAUAACAACGCAAUCGUUGAACACGAAAUAUAUACGACUUUUGGCCCUGGCUUUGUUCUGGUCAACGCUAUUUUUGGUCAGUGAGGGACAAGUUGCCAGCUCCACAAAUGCAUCACGUCCCAUUGCAAAGACGUCAUUUUCCUGUGCUGGUCGACCAUCUGGUUACUAUGCCGAUGUCGAGACCGGCUGCCAGGUGUAUCAUAUGUGCGAUGGCCUGGGACGACAGUUUACCUAUACGUGUCCAAAUACCACACUCUUCCAGCAACGUAUGCUCGUCUGUGAUCAUUGGUAUAUGGUCAAUUGUUCCAAGGCGGAGAGCAAUUAUGCAGCAAAUCUAUUGAUUGGUCAGCGAGAUAAGCCAUUUGUUAACGAUGAGGAAAAUAAUUUGCGUACGCCUAGGCCAGAUCUAUUGGAUCGUCCAUAUGCCCCAGACUAUUCGGGAGAGUCGUUUAGGAGUCAGUAUAAGCAAUUAACCCCCAAUCAGAAUCAGAUACGCGAUGAUUCCUACAAAGGAUCUGGCAAAUCGGAAGGACAAUCGACACAAACACGUUGGCGCAUUCCCCCGCCCAGUAGAACUAUUUUGCCACCCGCCUACGAGCCACAAAUUGAGAAUGUGCUGCCCAGCACCACGGCAAAGCCAAGAGCAAUUAAAACAACUAGAUCUACCACAACCACAACUACUAAAUCAACAACCACACAAAGACCCAUCAAACGGACCGAGGCUUUACAUACACGAAAUCCCUUUGACCUUUUAGACACUGACGACUUGGGUACUAGCCACAGCACACGCUACAACACAUCGGCGGACUUCAAUUCGGCGGAAUUUCCUAGUAAAAACGUGACAACCAAGUUGAAUAAAUUUGUCAAGCCACCAUCGAAAAUCUAUGAACCCCCCUUUCUAUAUCCCAUUUACAAUCAGGAUCAGGACGAAAGUCAGGUCCUAAUUACCUCUACAGGGUCGCCCUUUAGUCGUCGCGAUAAUGUGUUUGUCAGCAGCACCACAACAACAUCGCGACCUAUAAGCAAACCCACGACCUUGGCAGGUGUUCCGUUCUCUUUUGCCACUUCGUCACAUCCCACGCCAUCCAGUACUGUGAGAGUGGCGCAAGCUCAGACUGAAAAUCGUACUCCUGCUCCGGCACAGAGUUUCCGUUUGGUUACAUCGCCAACGCCAAUAACUGCACCCCCUCCGGCAGCAGCUGGACAAUUACCCUUCAAUGACCUUCUACCACCCUUUGUGGACUUUGUUCCACAUGACAUUGCCACCACUCAGGGUCCUCCCAUAUACUAUGAAUGGAAAGUUCCCUCCAAUGGCUUAGAACCACCCAAAAUGGAUCCACCCAUUGGUGUAGAUGGGCGGGAAUAUCCUGAAACCACAGGAGACUACAAUAGUGCGACUAAUCCUCGUUUCAAUGAUAUAGCUAGCCAUAAUCAACCUCCAUUGCCGGUGAGCAAGGGUAGCAGCAGCAGCAGCAGCACUCGCCGAUUGCCCAGUUCUCGGUCCAUUAAGCCCAACGAAUUGCAGACAGUGCAAUCGACAACUGCGGCGCAGCGUCGCUCCGAUGUCUCAGUGUCCAGUUCCACAGAUAUAACACAAUUGAGGAAACAGCUCUUGAUACCCGAAUAUGCAUUUCCAUUAGAGAAUAUUGGACGCACCGGCUAUGGCCCCGGCUCCAGCAACUCUGGUGAUCUAUACAACUCAUUUCAACUGAAGAUACCUGAACGUCGCUUUGGAUUAGCUGCAACUGGAUCUGCUAGUACCUCGAGCCGCUGGUUCGGCGAAAAUCCCAAGUGUCCCGAGUGCCAUCCAUCGUUUGUACUGCCCGGCACUUGUGAGCCAUGUCUGCAAAGAUAGUCUAGCUCUUAGGUUCCCCCAUCCGUCUUCCAUUUGUCCACCCAUUAACCAUAAAUUGCAGUAAAGUUUAUGCUCCUAUUUUCCACACAUUUUAAUGUUAAUGUUAUUAUUAUGUAUGUAUAAUCCAUAGAAAAGAUUAAAAAUCAU